AUGCAGGCCAGUGUUGGAGGUCCAGCAAGUCAGGAAGCUAUGCACACGAAAAGUCCAUUUGAGCGCCGAGCCCAGCCCGAAGCCGGCCCCGAGCCCCGCGGGAAGGGCAGCGCUUGGCGUCACCCUCCGGCUCCGGGAGGGGACCGGGACCCUCCGCCACCUCCUCCGGGCGCCUGCGGGAGAGCCGCCGGUUCUGCCGGGCUGCGUCCUGCCUCCUCACCUCCAAACUGUCCCUUGCAAAAAGUUAAGGCGCUGCCCCCUGCCCGAGCCGCCCCGGGUGCCCGGGGGUGCGGCGGAAGGGGGCUCAGGGCUGUCGUGGCCCCGGCUGGGGAGCGGCGCUGUCGGGGUGUCCGUGUACGCUUGUGCGAGAUCCCCGUGGGAACGGGCAGCGCUGCCCGGGAAGGGCAGCAGGGCGGGAGCGCCUUCCCUCACAUCCCGGCGGAGCCGCGGGGACAUCCCUGCUGCCCCGCGGACCUUCCGCACGGGCGGAGCGGGCCGGGACCCUCGGAGCCCCCGGGGCGGGGGCAGGGCGACAGCGCGGAGCCUCCCCCGCUGCGCCCCCAUUCCCCAGCGCUCAUCCCCGGGGCCGCUCCGGGAUGGGAGGCGCGAGAGAGGGAAUUGGGAGGGGGGGAUGCAGGGCAGGUGCUUUUCGGGGCGAAGGCGCAGGGCCCGGUGACUCACCCGUCCGAGGAGGGGGCUGCGGAUGGCGCGGCGGCGGAGCUGCCCCCGGUGCGCGGGGGGCUGCGGGGCAGGAGCAGCAGCGGGCGCGGGAGCAGGGGCGAGCGGCGGGGCCCGGGCUGCUCCUGGGCGCGCUCUCGCUGCCCAUCCCCGGCGCUGCCGCCGUCGCCGCCGCCGGAGGAGGAUGCGAGGGAGAGUCAGCCCCGGGCGCGGGCACGCGCAGCGGCGGAGCGGGGAGGGGGGGACCGGGAGCGGCGCGGGGGCGCGCAGCGCAGGGGGAGCAGCUGGGAAGCUCGGGCGCUCUCUCUGGCAGCCCUCUGUCCUUCGGCGCUUCCAUCCUUUAGUCCCUCAGCCUUUAUUUUCUCGUUUUCUACCCCUUCUCCCUCCUCAUCCCCGCAUCCCUCCACCCGUGAUCCUUCAUCCCUCAUCCAUCCAUCCAUCCAUCCUUCCCGCCGUUCCUCAGCCCCUCCGUUCCCCCGGCCGCGGAGCCCCCGUUUCCCCGCGGUCCCCUCCCCGCGCUCUCCGCCGCAGGGAUCUCCAAUAGGGACCUUCUACAAAGAGAAUGAGGAAACCUUCCAGUAUGAAAAUCUACAAAUUUUUAUGAAGAUUGGAGAAGGAGGAAGAGGUUUAUUAGAACUCAUUAACUUCAGUCCACCUGCUGGGAAGCAGUCAUUUUUAUUGGUUUUGUUGAUUGACAAUAUUAAAUAG